UUUUGGGUUAAAUAUGGAGCGAGCCAGCGAGGAGACUCAGCAGAGUAUGAACUAUGAAGUCACUGUAGCUAAUACCCUGGGAACUCCGGUCUUCAGCUCCCCGAUAAAUCCACCGUAACUUCUCUCGUCUUUCCGACCGAAAAUGCCAUUCGUUUCACAAAUACAGCGACAAAGCGAUUACAAUCGAUUCUCUUCUUCCACUCCUAUCGUUAUCGACAACGGCGCCUCCUACUUCCGCAUCGGGUGGGCUGGAGAGACUGAUCCUCGAGUGAUUUUUCGCAACAUUGUGCAGAGACCGCGCCACAAAUCCACUGGUGAAACUGUCACAAUUGUUGGUGACCAUGACCCUGCAUUGUUGAAAAACUUCGACUGCACUCGGUCUGGGCCUCGUUCUGCUUUCGAUAAUGAUGUUGUUUACCAGUUCGAAAUAAUGGAAUAUAUACUUGACUUUGCGUUUGAUCGAUUGGGAGCAAAUGGAUCACAGAUUGAUCAUCCCGUGCUGAUAACUGAAUGCGUAUGCAAUCCAGUCCACUCUCGAGCUAAAAUGGCAGAACUUCUUUUUGAAACAUAUGGAGUUCCAGCAAUAGCAUAUGGCGUUGAUGCUGCAUUCAGCUAUAAGUAUAAUCAGAGACAUGGGAUUUGUCAUAAAGAUGGUUUUGCCAUUUGCCCAGGAUUUUCCACAACUCAUUUUAUUCCGUUUCUUGAUGGAGAGCCUGUUUACAAAGGAUGCUGUCGAACUAAUAUUGGCGGUUAUCACGUCACUGAUUAUUUAAAGCAACUUCUUUCACUUAAGUAUCCUUAUCACAUGGCAAGGCUUACAUGGGAGAAAGUUGAAGAUCUGAAAAUGGAACAUUGUUAUGUUGCACCAGAUUAUGCCUCGGAGGCUCGGUUAUUUCAGGAAGGAACCAAGGAAGCUGAUGAUAAGAUCAGGUCUUGGCAGCUUCCAUGGACACCUCCACCAGCAGAGGAGCGUCCUUCUGAAGAGGAGCGUGCGAGAAAAGCUGCUAUAAAGGAGAGACAAGGUCAACGAUUGCGAGAAAUGGCUGAGGCAAAGAGGUCGUCAAGGAUAAAUGAACUGGAAAAUGAAUUGCAUGGUUUGGAAUUUCUAUUGCAGCAGCUUGAACAAGUUGAAGGAGAUAACGUUCCAUCUUUCUUAAAAACAACAGGCUAUGUCUCGAAGCAAGAGAUAGAAUCUUCCAUUUCAAAAGUAACACAAUCUUUAAGAAAAGCAAAAGGAGAACCAAAAUCUGACCUGGCUGAAACUGACGAGAAGACAGAUUCUUCUGCAAAUGAAAAGUAUCCCCUUGUCAAUAUCCCUGACAACUUGUUGUCCCCAGAGCAGCUGAAGGAAAAAAGGAGGCAAUUGUUUCUCAAAACUACGUCAGAUGGACGACAGCGAGCAAAACAAAAGCGCUUUGAAGUGGAAUUAGAACGAGAAAGGAAAAGUCAACAAGAUGAAGAGAGACGCUUGGAGAAUCCCAAACUUUACUUGGAGCAGUUGCAUGCUAAAUACAAAGAGAUCUCUGUGAGAGUUGAGCAACGAAAACGACUUAAGACAAAUGGUGGGCACACAAAUGGAAAUAAUGCUUCUGGUGGCGUGGGCCGUGGUGAGAGAUUAAAUGCUGCCCAGAGGGAAAGGAUGCGCCUGUUAACCACUGCAGCCUUUGAUCGAGGCAAGGGUGAGGAUACUUUUGGUGCCAAAGAUGAAGACUGGCAACUUUACAAGCUGAUGAGCAAAGAUAAUGAUGACGAUGAUGAGGGACAAGAUGAUGAGGAAGCUGAGAUGAACCGAAUUUCUUCUAGGCUCCAGGAACUAGACCCAUCAUUUAUUCCCAAGCCAGACUUAGGAACCCUUCAACCUGCUGCUGACAUGCCAAAGUUCCGACCGCAUACCAAGGAGGAUUACCAAAUUGUCCUUGGGGUUGAAAGGUUCCGGUGCCCUGAAAUACUGUUUCAUCCCAACUUAAUUGGGAUUGAUCAGGCUGGGUUAGAUGAGAUGGCUGGGGUCUCUAUAAGGAGGUUGCCAUCCAGAUGUGAAGAAUUGGAGAAUAGGCUGACGAGUUCAAUCCUUAUGACUGGAGGGAGCUGCCUCCUCCCUGGUAUGGCUGAGCGCUUGGAAGCUGGAAUCAGAAUGAUUCGUCCAUGUGGGUCUCCUAUAAACGUGGUCAGAGCAUUGGAUCCUGUUCUUGACGCAUGGCGUGGGGCUUCUGUUUAUGCUUCUGCUUUGCAUUUCCCAGAGCAGACAUUUAGUAGACUGGAUUACUACGAGAAGGGUGAAGAUUGGUUGCGCAGAUAUCAGCUGCAAUACACAUUAUGAAAUUUUAGUCACAAUGCAAUCAAAAUACUCCGUCAGUAAAAUUUUCCGCGGGUCAUGUCUUCAGAUGUUGUUUCCACCAUAUUUAGUUGCCAAUGCUUCCAGCUAUUGAUAAUUUUUGCUAAUUAUCCCAUAUUGCUCCCUGUAGAAUCCUGAGCUUCAUCAGUUUUAGUGUAAUUAUUGGCUAUGCUUACCUCCACC